GCGCACGUUCGCCAACAGUUUGAUAUGGGUCGCGGUUCUUAUAGGGAUAUAAUUUCUUCAGGUAGGCCGAUUCGUGGUCGUUAGUCGCGCGCGAUCGAGUUAUCGAGUCAGAAAUAGGCUAAAUGCUACGUUCCCAAAGAAGGGUUGGGAAGCUGGAUCGUUUUUAACGGGGCUGCCACGCGACGUACCACGCGCCACUCACGCGCUUUGCCUUUCCAUCUUGCUGCCAAAAAGUGUCUCCCUCGGGACUUCGUUUCACACACACACACGCACGCACACACACACGCGCGCGCGCACACACACGCACAAACAGACGUUUUACACGGCAGGUGGUUCUAUCGCUCGGUUCCUCGGUCGUCCUUCGACGUCGUUCCUCUCUCGAUCAUCGUCAUCGCGAAAACAAAAGCUUCGAUCGUUAAUCGUUCGAAGAAGAAUCGUUGUGCCGACACUGACCGCGAGUGAUCACCUUGCUUGGUAGCAGGUGAGCUGCGACCUCCGUACGACAGGGCAACCGUAGGUGAGAGAGAAUUGCAGGUGAGAGAAACCGGGCAAGCGCAUCGCGAGGCGCACGGUUACGCACCUGGAUUUCACCGUUGUCGCUACUUCAACGUAAAAUGCGGCCAGUGGAUGUGAGGCAGCUUCUUCGAUCUCGAGACAUUCGUGACGAAAAGCACGGUGCAUGUCACUACCGGUAAAGCGUACGAGAAGCGCGUUCUUCGUAUCGCUCGUUGUAUCGGUAUACCGCAGGUAGCCGAAAGAACCGACCGAACUACACAUCGGGUCCUCGAUGUCGUUCUUACCUGUUCACCUGGCCCCGUCGUUUAGAGCAGCGACGUCUACGUUGUCGCCAGCGCAACUCAGGCAAUAUCUUCCCGGUGAUAAAUCUGCCAGCAAAUCUAUUUGGAAUUAUCCCGCGCAGACGAUCUUCGUGUCAGGCUGCCGCUGAAAACGAUUCGUCCCGAACGAUUCGUCAUCCUCGUGUCGACCGCUGGACGAGAUCUAGAAGCCGGGAAGCAGCAUGUCGUUGCAUUAUCCUCAAGGAUAUCGGUAUCGUCCGGCGAGUAAAGCUGCCGGGGCAGGGAAUGGCGAGCAAGGUUCCGACAGUGACGUUGCCCAACUCAGUGAUCUCGAGGACGACGAGGACGAAGAUGGGGGUGGCCAGUCGACCAAUAGACGUAUCGCGCACCGACAACACGAGGAGGAGGAGGAGGAAGAGGAGGAGGAGGACGACGACGAGGACGACGAGGACGACGAGGACGACGAGGACGACGACGACGACGACGAUCAAGACGACGAAGAGGAAGACGAGAACGAAGAAGACGACGGGGUAGACGUGGAUGGCGACGAGCUACCCUAUCCUGGUUUCGUGCCGGUUGCAAUGCGAUACCUCGACCAGAAUACACGACCGCGCAACUGGUGUCUGGCGCUCAUCACUAAUCCGUGGUUCGAAAGAGUGAGCAUGAUGGUAAUUCUUUUAAACUGCAUUACACUGGGAAUGUACCAACCGUGCGUCGACGAUCAGUGUGUGACAAACCGCUGUAAAAUAUUGCAAAUGUUCGACGACAUCAUUUUCGCCUUCUUCGCCCUGGAGAUGACGAUCAAAAUGGUCGCGAUGGGCAUCUACGGCAAAGGAACGUAUCUCGCUGACUCCUGGAACAGAUUGGACUUUUUCAUAGUAGCGGCUGGUGCUCUGGAAUAUUGUUUGAACGUGGAAAACAUGAAUUUAUCGGCCAUAAGGACUAUAAGAGUCUUGAGACCUCUACGUGCCAUCAACAGGAUUCCAAGUAUGCGGAUACUAGUGAUGCUUUUACUCGACACUCUUCCUAUGCUGGGCAACGUGCUGCUGCUGUGCUUCUUCGUCUUCUUUAUAUUCGGUAUCGUUGGCGUGCAACUGUGGGAGGGCAUCCUGCGUCAACGUUGUUUCCUGAAGGCUUUACCCAACGUCAAAUAUCCCGAGUUACUCUCGGACGAGUACUCGGUUCGAUCACGCAUUUACGACCUUGAGAAGUACUUCGAAUAUCAGGGUCAGGACUACAUUUGCUCGCGUCCCGACGACAACGGAAUGCACUCUUGCAGUAACCUGCCGCCGCUCAAGUUCGGAAACGUGAUUUGCAAUAGCACCGCGUUGCCGAACAAUAACGCAACGUUCAUCACCAACGACACCUGCGUUAAUUGGAAUUACUACUACACGGAGUGCAAGGGUCAGGGUAACAAUCCUUUCCAAGGAACGAUAUCGUUCGACAAUAUCGGUCUUGCCUGGGUCGCAAUAUUUCUCGUAAUCAGUCUGGAGGGAUGGACAGACAUAAUGUAUUACGUACAGGAUGCUCAUUCUUUUUGGGACUGGAUAUACUUCGUCCUUUUAAUCGUGAUUGGUUCCUUCUUCAUGAUUAAUCUCUGCUUAGUCGUGAUAGCGACGCAAUUCUCAGAGACGAAAAAGCGGGAGAUGGAAAGAAUGCGACUGGAGCGUGCACGUUUUCAUUCUACAUCAACGCUUGCGUCGUCGACGAAUACCUCAGAACCGACUACAUGUUACGCUGAAAUUGUUAAAUAUAUUGCACACCUGUGGCGAAGAGGAAAGAGAAGGUUAAUGAAGAGGUACCGAGUGUAUUUAUACAAAAGACAGCAGAAACGCGAGCAGAAUUUACUUAAGGAACAGCAACAACAUGGACACCCGUAUCGAGCAGGUGCACCCGGCCCUGAUUCGAAUAGAUUACCCGGAGAUAGGAGAAUCCAUCAUGGUAGAUGUCCUCGGUUGUUGGCGGCCCUGGAAUACGCGGAACAGCAACAACAGCAGCAACAGCAGGGGGUUGCUAGCGGCGGAGGGUCGCUCACUGAUUUUCCUGCGAACAGUCCUCCGACGCAGACUGCGAUUCUCGCGACUGCUCUCAGUAACAACGGCGGCAGCAAUGGAAAUUUGGCGAUUGCACCUCGUGCCAGUCCUGAGAUCUCUGAGGCUGACGUCUCUUCGAACGUGUGCCAUCGUAUGGCACUGCACAGGACUUCCUCCGUUUCCUGCAAUGGAAGCGACAAUGUCUUUUCCAACGCGACUGAAGCGAGUAUUCAGACGAACAACGCGCUGCUAAGUCCGCCUUGCACGAACUAUCGUAGAAGGAGCAGCGUGAUGUUCAGCGACGUGGUGUUGUUGCACGGCAGCAACAACGUCGGAAACGCGUUGCAGGCCGGCUCGACGACGGUGUCACCCGGCGAACGGAACGUAUGCUCCUGCGAAAAAAUGACGCAGACCGGUGACGGGAAUGUUUGGUCGAGCCCACUGCCAGACCACAUACAGAUGCAGGCUGAAUUUGGUGGAAACGAAGCCAUGACUUGUCAAGAAUUACUGGCGUUAAGCGGUGCUUUGAGCGCCGCGCUACCAACCGGUCAGCUGGCGUUGGAUUCUUUUCUCAAUUCGCUUACCAAAGGAAUAACGGAUCGACGCAUUACCCUGGAGGAUCGUACGCAGUGGUUAGCGUCCGACAUUGAUAAUUGCUCGUGUUGCUGUGAACUCCAGGGCACUGAUCAAUGGCCAGACGAAGGUGACAAAUGGGCGAAAACCUCCCGCGCUAGAAGAGUGUUGAGAACUUGCGGCAACCGUUGUGUUUGCGCGAUACGGUGCAUAAGACGGUCGAUUAAGAAGCUGGUCGAGCACAAAUAUUUUCAACAGGGUAUCUUAUUGGCGAUUUUGAUCAAUACUCUGAGCAUGGGGAUAGAAUAUCAUAACCAGCCGGAGCAAUUGACCAUAGUGGUCGAGAUAAGCAAUAUCGUGUUUUCGGCCGUGUUUGCCGUGGAAAUGUUGCUGAAGAUCAUCGCGGAGGGUCCGUUCGGUUACAUAAGCAACGGAUUCAACGUUUUCGACGGAGUCGUCGUGGUGCUCAGCGUGGUGGAGAUUUGUCAAGCGUUCGUUGAGGAGAGGAGCGGAAGUUCCGGGCUGAGCGUGUUGAGGACCUUCCGGCUACUGAGAAUCCUCAAGCUCGUGCGCUUCCUACCGAACCUCCGGCGACAGCUGUUCGUGAUGCUGCGUACCAUGGAUAACGUUGCCGUAUUCUUUUCCCUUUUAGUACUUUUCAUCUUUAUAUUCAGCAUCCUAGGGAUGUACCUGUUCGGGGGUAAGUUUUGCAUGUGGGCGGACCGGAGUCGGCCCUGCACCUGUGCCGAGGUGGUCUCGCGGCACCCAAUGUGUCGCUGUGAUCGCAAACAUUUCAACGACAUCGUCUGGGCACUUGUCACGGUCUUUCAGAUCUUGACGCAGGAAGAUUGGAACGUCGUGUUGUUCAAUGGUAUGCAGAAAACGUCUCAUUGGGCGGCCCUCUACUUCGUCGCGUUGAUGACAUUCGGCAAUUACGUCCUCUUCAAUCUGCUCGUCGCCAUUCUCGUCGAAGGAUUCUCCUCCGAGAGAAAUGAAAGAAGAGAGCGAGAACAGAGAGAGAUGGCGAGACUCGCGGCGAAAGAAGCAGGGAUGGGCAGUGACGAUGGUUCCUCGAGAAUAUCGAGAUCUCACUCGAUCACUGAUAGCGACACAUACACGCAGGAUCGAAAGAAUUCGUGGCAGAGCGCUGAGGAGUUGCGCAAGUACAAAGACAACAACAGCAGGGAAAAGCAGAACACCGUGUGGAAGCAUCAGAUAGACGAGCCAAAGUGUAACAUUCAAAAGGAGAAUAAGAUGAUGGGCGCUGCUGGACAACCACCGAUAAUUACUCACACGGCAGCCACCCCUCAGGAUUCACCCAACACCACGCUCGAUGUCGGCUACAGAGAUCUAAAUUGUCGAGCUGUUUAUCCUACAGCGGCAUUGUCCAUCGAAUCCAUCGAUCGUUCAGGCAGUCAGUGUAGUAUUCCUUCCGGCCUGUUGAAGCUACCAGACGUUUCAAAUAAAAUAUCAACGAAAAACCUUAUUGCCGGACAGUUUCCUCGACGAAUAAGCCUCGUCACUGCUGUUGUUAAUCCAGCAACGAGAGAAUCAUCCAGUUCAAGUUACGUGACUGUUCCUUGCUACAGUCCGCCAAGGAUACAAAGAGGCUACUCGUGGAAAUUAUCACGGCCAUCUCUACGGAGGAAACGUUGGUCGCAAUCGGAGGACGAACCUCUUAGUAGAGCUACUGUACUAAAUAACGGUCGAAGCACCCUACUCGGUUCCAAUUCAACUUUCAACGGCGGUUAUUUACACGGUUCGAUAAGAAACGACACGCAAAGCGACACACCGAAUAAUCGAACGACCGUCCUAACAAGCAAUAAUCGUAGUCUCAGCCCUAAUAAUUCCAUCGCAAGCCGUAGCUCCUCUAUACGGCGUUACACAGCAACGCCUAAUCAGAUGCGAUGGAUUAGCGAUCUUUCGCGAAGGAACUCGUUGCGUGGAAACGAAAACAUUCAGUCGCCGACGAGAAAAACCUUACCUCUAGACGAGGUGCCUAUGCAAUGCUCAACGGCACGUACAAUCAAUAAUCUGUCAAUGGAGACUGGUCCACUGCCCAGAAUUAAACGACUUCCCGAUCAAGAUGAUGACAAUCCCCGUACAGACGAACAGACGCCUCCCUUGAAUGGCCAUGGUAGUGCAAGCAGCAUCGAGAGAAUUAAAAAAAUAUUCAUGUUUUUUGAACCGAAAGGAUGCCUUAAGGAACGUGAUGAUUACUCGCUUUACAUUUUUCCACCGAAUAACAGAUUUCGCGUUUUAUGUCGGCAGUUAGUCGAUCAAAGAUGGUUCGAUAACGUGGUUCUCUUUUUCAUUGGUCUGAAUUGUAUCACACUGGCGAUGGAACGGCCAAAUAUACCACCGGAUAGCGGAGAGAGACUUUUUUUAUCCACUGCGAAUUACAUUUUUACCGCGGUGUUUGCUGUUGAGAUGUUUAUCAAGGUUGUUGCAUCUGGUAUGCUGUACGGAUCCGACGCUUAUUUUACUUCAGGAUGGAAUAUUAUGGACGGAGUUCUUGUGAUCAUUUCCAUAAUCGACUUAUCAAUGUCCUUAUUGUCGGCGAGUAGUCCAAGAAUAUUUGGAAUACUGAGGGUUUUUAGACUUUUAAGGUCACUAAGACCAUUACGGGUUAUUAAUCGAGCUCCUGGUUUGAAACUGGUUGUUCAGACAUUGUUAUCCUCUUUACGACCUAUCGGCAACAUCGUUUUGAUAUGCUGUACUUUUUUCGUAAUCUUCGGUAUCUUGGGCGUGCAGCUGUUCAAGGGUGCCUUUUAUUACUGCGAGGGGCCUGAUAUUAAAAAUGUACGCAAUAAGACGGACUGCCUGGCCGACAAGCGCAACGUUUGGUUAAACAGAAAAUACAAUUUCGACGAUCUUGGAAAAGCGUUGAUGUCGUUGUUCGUAUUAUCAUCGAGGGACGGAUGGGUGAACAUCAUGUACACCGGACUCGACGCUGUAGGCGUCGAUCAUCAGCCAAUCGAGAAUUAUUCGGAAUGGCGACUGCUCUACUUCAUAGCUUUUAUCCUGUUGGUUGGCUUCUUCGUCCUUAACAUGUUCGUGGGCGUUGUGGUGGAAAAUUUUCAUAGAUGUCGCGAGGAACAGGAGAAGGAGGAACGAGUGAGAAGAGCCGCCAAACGAGCCUUGCAAAUGGAGAAGAAACGACGAAAAAUGCACGAGCCACCCUACUACACGAACUACUCAAAAUCGAGGCUAUUCGUUCACAACGUUGUGACUUCUAAAUAUUUCGACCUAGCAAUUGCUGCGGUGAUCGGCCUGAAUGUUGUUACCAUGGCGAUGGAAUUUUACAUGAUGCCAAAAGCUCUGACUUACGCUCUAAAGAUAUUCAAUUAUUUCUUCACCGCGGUCUUCAUCCUCGAAUCUUUUAUGAAACUCGUUGCCUUAGGUCUACAUCUUUACCUUAAAGACAAAUGGAAUCAAUUAGACGUAGGAAUCGUGAUAUUAUCGGUGGUUGGUAUAGUUCUUGAAGAAGUUGAGUCGAAGAUCAUUCCGAUCAAUCCUACGAUAAUUCGGGUAAUGAGAGUUUUACGAAUCGCUAGAGUUUUGAAGUUGCUGAAAAUGGCAAAAGGCAUACGCGCCCUUUUAGAUACGGUAAUGCAGGCGUUACCGCAAGUUGGAAAUCUAGGAUUACUAUUUUUUCUGCUCUUUUUCAUCUUCGCAGCUCUUGGUGUAGAACUAUUUGGCCGAUUAGAAUGUAACGACGACAUGCCUUGCCAGGGUCUCGGGGAGCAUGCUCAUUUCAGUAAUUUUGGUAUGGCGUUUCUAACGCUUUUUCGCGUAGCCACCGGCGACAAUUGGAACGGUAUCAUGAAGGACACCCUGAGGGACGACUGCGACGAAGCAGCGGACUGCGUGAAGAAUUGUUGCGUGAGCACCAUUAUAGCCCCGAUAUUUUUUGUAAUUUUCGUGCUGAUGGCACAAUUCGUUCUUGUCAACGUCGUCGUCGCCGUGCUCAUGAAACACCUCGAAGAAAGUCACAAACAGAUGGAAGACGAGCUUGACAUGGAAACUCAGCUGGAGAGGGAAUUGGCCGCGGAGCAGGAAGAGCUGUUGGAGGUAGAGGAAGAAGAGGAAGACGAGGAAACGGUGAAACGAGGAAGAGGAGACGAUGGUGGCAUCGAGGAGGACGACGACUUUAGAGAACGCGAGUCUAUUUUAGUGACGAACGAGAAGAUUCUUAUUAAGAGAAGACCUGGUCUUGCCAAAGUUCGUUCCUUGCCUGCGAAUUUUAUUUACAAUCCACCACGGGAGGAAGACGAAGGCGACGGAACGAUUUUCGCCACGUUGUCGCGGCGCAAUUCGUAUCAUCGUUCCAGCUCAAGACCGUCCAUGUUCAAAUCGAAGCGUCGACAAACGUUUCACUCGGGGCAUAACCAGAGGAGAUCCUUACUGCCGAUGCAUUUUGAAGUCGCCGAAGUUUUCGAGAAGCCACUGAGCAAUCUAAGCGUGCCUCGAAUUAUUCCUCAAUGCAAUUACAUUGCAGUAAGCCGAGAACCCACCCACGCGCAGUGUCUAAGGUUACAGGCGACCAGCAGCAACGGACAAGAGAACAAGUGUUUGUUGAGCGUGAUCAAACCUCCAACGAGUUCUUCCCCGGUGUCACCGGCCGGCUCGGUAACCACGCUAGCCUGUCCUAAACUAAGCAGCGAACGUUAUCUUUUGCCAACGGCCACUAUUUACCCGUCCAAGGCAACGUUGAGUCGCAGGCCAUCGAGCGACACGCAGUCACAGUCGGACACGAACGUGAGCGUCGGUACCGCAAGCAACGCCCCAUCCAGAACGCCGAGCGUGUCGAACGAUUACACGGAAAACGGUGCAUCGAAGGGUAGCAACAAAUUGGACGAUUCUAAGAAAACGAAAAACGAGCGACGGGUAUCUGCUCCACCGACGGACGAUCUUGACGUGCAGUCGAUAAUUAACGAAAGGAGACCGUCCAAGCUCAAGUGCGGAAAUUCCCUGGGGAUGGCGGCCGGUGUCGGUGAUCAAUACCCUCCGUCGAUUCGUACGGGCAGCUACGUAUACGUCACCGAGCAACGAUCGGAGGAGGUGUCGCCGAUAUCGAUCGGUAACAUGAGCGACAGCAUGAUGGCAAGCACGAGCGUGAGCACGAGUGAGCACGAGUGCAAGCGCGAGUGCAAGCGGAACCGGAAGCGGUGGCGCUAGUGGAAGCGGUAGCAGGAACGGAAUCGCCGUGGUAAAUAUACCGGAAGCGGUUUGCACGACCAUUGGCUCGGACGUUCGCAUAUACGUGGACGAUACCGACUCGACGAGCAGCAACAGCCAUCACACGAGGAAAUCCAGCGAGGAGACGCCGGACGGGUCGACGUCCGUUUCGUCCGUCACCGCGGUCCACGAUGGAACCGACGUAACGGAAGAAACGAAGGGGAGGUCCGAGAGAUUCGAUAGAGCACCCUCGGAUCGUUCUUAAAGUUCAAGAUCGAAUGGUCUUCGCGCGAUCUACACUCCUAUCUGAAAUUUAGAGAAACGGAUUCUA